AAAUCAGAAGCCAGACAUCCAGGAUUUGUAAAUGCUGAAAGAGACUGCUCGAAUCCUCCCAUGGAAUUCAAUGCCAGUGAUUAUUCGUCAAUUGCAUGGUCAGAAGAAGGGAGUGGCAAAUUUACGAGAGAAGAAUUAUGGCAACUCACUGUCAAUGCCGUGUUUCUUACAUAUUGCCUUUCAUUGAGUGGAUACCCCAUGAAAUGGUUUGACGAAGCAAAGAAGAACUUCUAUGAAUACCCCUCCUCCACAAAUAGACCAGCUAGCAUUCCUGCAAGUUGGAUUGCAGCCUGCAUGCUAUAUCACUUGAAAGCUGUACCGUUCAGUUCAACUGCUUAUGUGGAGUAUCAAGGGCACUCGAAAAAGGUGGCAAUUGCACAGUGCAUUUAUCCAACCCCAGCCCUCAUUAAACACUCCUGCAAUCCUUCUGCCUCUCUAGUGAAUACUGCAGACGGAGGGGUGUUUGUCUACGCUGUGCGUUCACUACGAGCAGGUGAAGAAAUCUCCAUCACACUCGGACCCCACUUUGCUGAAAUGAAGGCUAAUGAACGAAAGUCCUUUCUCAAAAAGCAUUAUCGAUUUGAUUGCUCGUGUGAAGCCUGUUGCAAUGAGUGGCUCUUGAGGGAGGGAGUAGAGUUGAUCAAAUGUCCUUCCUGUCAACACCUCAACAUUAGCCGUGCUAAUAGGUGUUCGCGUUGUAAGGAUAGAAGUGGGAUUUGUAUUUAUAAACUUCUGAUGGGAAAGGACAUGCAACUUCUUGCAGAUUGCGUGGCUGGGAAUGAACGGAGCAGCGAGAACAUACUUAUGGCAUCAACUAUAGUAGAACAAUUUCAGGCACUUUUGUCACAGCCAAGUUUAACCCUUUGUAGAGUUAUUCAUAUAUAUGCAGAUUUAGUUGCGAAUGCGCAUGGCGUCGUUACUUCCGAUCCUAUAUCAAACGUUGAUGAGAAAAUUGCUCACAUACAACUGUAA